AUGAACAAGACCGCGUCGCCCGAGCCCGAGCCCGCGCAUGCAACUCCCGACGCCCUCGACUCGCAACUCGAACAAAAGAUCGCGCCGGCUUUCCAAGAUGACUCCGAUCCGCCCUCUUCUCCUCUGGAAUCUCUCGGGUCCGACGAUUUCAGGGACCAACUGACACCGAACGGUAACGACUUCAUCGGCUUUGGCCCACAUUCGCCCGCGCCCUCAACACCAUCCUCACCAUCACCCCCUUCGCCUCCACCAGCCCCCGCCUCCCUCGACGACGACGACGAUGCCGAACGACCUUCGAAACGACGUCGAACCACCGGGUCUACACCUCCUCCUUCCACCGGGAAAAAGAAGCAACAAAUAUCACCACCAUGGAAGAAAGCUGGCGCCGAAGGCCCUACCUCCUACACCGAGAACGGCAGGCGGAAGUCUGGCCGCAUCAACACCAUCCCUCUGGAGAUGCAGCCGCCCUCUACAAAGCGAACGACGCGAAACGCCUUCCACAGCAGUCCGCCAUCCAAAAACAAGUACGCCUCGACGAAUGGCCAUGCGACGACGACGACACCAACCCCAAAUGGGGCCCCGAAAGCUCCUGCGCGCAAGUCAACUACCUCGAAGCCUCCUCCCUUACAGCUUAAGACUUCCAAUCGAAAAUCCAUAUCAAACGACACCAAGCCUGCAUCUCGAUCCACGCGCAAACGAUCGCCGUCUCCUUCCACGCAGCCUACGAGGCACUCCACCAGGACACGGCGCGGUCGUCGCAGCUCUAUCGAUGACCUCACGGCCACGACCUCUUCGACGAGCCCCAACCGAACGAGAAUCAAGUUGAGAGUCCGGUCGACCGAGUUGCCGAUAGUGCAUCCCGAGCAAAUAAGCAAGCGGCUGAGGAUCGGUCCUUCUUUUGAGGAAUACUGGGAAAAGGCACAAACGCUGCCCGUCGAGGAGGGCGGCGUGUACGUGCCGGAAGAUGGCCCUACCUACACGGACGAGAUGGCUCAGAGGGAUGCCCAAAUCAUCCUCAGGAUCGAGGAAGCGGUUGAACCAAGAGGUCUCUUGUCCCAAGAGCGCUGCUCCAUCUUCGUACCCGAAUCCGAAGAAGAGCCCCCGCGCCAGUGGGCUCGCGCCGACCACAUGGUCAAGGCUAUGUCCAACUUCCGGAAGCUGAUGCUGGCGGAGCAGCAGAGGCAUCGGGCGCAGGCCAAAAAGGUUGCUGAGGCUUGCAGAGACGCUUGGCUCCGACGCCAACCGAAGUCGGCCGAGGAGUUAGAGGCAGAAGCAAGGGAGGUUUGGAUCGCACGAUACAGGGUGGUAGUCAAGAGCAUGUUCGGUACGUGGGAGAAUAUCCGAUUCGAAAUCAAUCGUCGCAGGCUUCAGGAGUGGGAGGCCGAGGAGCAGCGCAGGGUAAAAGCUGCGUUGCAGGAGGCGGUCAACCUUUCCGAACAGAAGCUCCAAGCCCGACGAGCGCAGGCCGACUCUGAUAUUUCCGACGAAGACGAUUUCGACGACCUCGACGCCGAUGUCGACCUCAGUGACCUCGACAGCGAUGCAGAUGGCACUCAGGCGAUGUCGAUCGAUGCCGAGGACGACGACUCAGGCGACGACGGCGAUGAAGAAGAUGACGAUGUCAUGUCAUCAUCGGAUGAAGACGAAGCCGGCGAUGAUCACGUUGCAGACGCCGGCGACGAGAAGCUUACGCAAGAACAGCUUCGCGCGAAAUACGCAAACCUUCCAGAGCUUGCUGCGGAUGAGCAAGUAGAGCAGCUUGUCAAUGGCGUUGGACCAGACGGAGACGCGAAAGCUGUCCCAACAGGUGCACGAGAGGACGAUACCAGCGAUGAGUCUGUCGACAUGGACGAUGAUCUUGGCUCAACCGACAUGGACGAUAGCGACAUGUCUGACGAGGAUGAGGGUUCCGAAGAGGAGGAGGGAGAGGAGGAACCGGCGGGUCUGCUCGGUAUGCUCUUCGGCAAGUCUGAGCUGAAGAAGAUGAAGGACGAAGAGCCGAGUAAAGACCAACCGAAGACCGAUGUUCCCGUCACGGAUGCCCUUCCUCAACAAGGCGAAGCUUCUACUCCCUUCAGAGAAGACCCGGAAGACGACGAGGACGAGAUAUCCUUGAUUCAGCAUCCUGGCGCGUUACCCAAAGACAACGGGAUGGAGGUCGACAAGACAACAGAGGGAGCAAAGCUCCUGCCGGCAGCAGAAAUCACCAGCGAGUUGGUAAACGGAGUUGAGGCUGUAGAUUCUGAGAAUCAGCCCCCCGCCUCUUCACCAAAGACCAACACCGCAACACUAGACGGCACGACCAAGAGCGCGGAGGUCCCUCCCCCCACCGACAUCGUUCAAGAUGCAACAGUCAUCUCAGAGGACGUUGAGAUGGAGGAUGCGCCCCCCAAGGCCGAUGUUGCGAACGCGAACGCUGCAUCUCCAGCAGAAGCCCCUGCCAAGCAUGUUAGCCCCGAUACCGAUGUUGUCACUGUCCCGCCUAGUCCGGAGCAAAGCCACUCUCCUCCAACCUCAGACACGAAGCCCUCGGAGGUGGACACAAUGUCUUUGGCAACACCCGGUGUCAAGGAUGUCGUGAGUCGUUCGGCUACACCGAACACGCCGCAAGUCGCAAGGACGGAGAUCCCCUUCCUUCUUCGAGGAACUUUGCGUGAAUACCAACACGAUGGAUUGGAUUGGCUUGCGGGCCUAUACGCCAAUAACACCAACGGCAUUCUCGCAGACGAAAUGGGUCUUGGAAAAACCAUCCAAACCAUCUCGCUACUUGCUCACCUCGCUUGUCAUCAUGAAGUAUGGGGCCCGCAUCUGGUCAUCGUACCCACCAGUGUGAUGCUCAACUGGGAGAUGGAGUUCAAGAAGUGGUGCCCUGGCUUCAAGAUUCUUUCCUACUAUGGAACCCAAGAGGAAAGAAAGAGAAAGCGUCAAGGGUGGAACAACGACGAUGUCUGGAACGUCUGCAUCACAUCUUACCAAUUGGUUCUGCAAGACCAGCAAGUCUUCAAGCGGCGCAGGUGGCAUUACAUGAUCCUGGACGAGGCACACAACAUCAAGAACUUCAAGUCUCAACGAUGGCAGAGCCUUCUCGGUUUCAACACGCAUUCUCGACUACUCCUCACGGGAACCCCCUUGCAAAACAACUUGACCGAGUUGUGGUCGCUUCUGUUCUUCUUGAUGCCAGCCGAAAAUGGCGUUGGCGGAUUUGCAGACCUCCACGAGUUCCACGACUGGUUCCACAAGCCCGAGUCUCAGAUCCUGGAAAACGGCCGCGAGACCAUGGACGAUGAAGCACGCGCAAUUAUUUCGAAGUUGCACAAGGUACUCCGACCUUAUCUUCUUCGAAGACUCAAAGCAGACGUCGAAAAGCAGAUGCCUGCAAAGUACGAACACGUCGAAUUUUGCCGCCUUUCGAAGCGUCAACGCGAACUGUACGAUGGAUUCCUGGCUCGCAGCGAUACACGCGAUACUCUUUCCUCGGGCAACUACCUCUCCAUCAUCAACUGUCUGAUGCAGCUGAGGAAGGUCUGCAACCACCCUGAUCUGUUCGUCGACCGACCCAUCAUGACAUCUUUCAGGAUGCAGAAGUCGGUGCCGGCAGAGUACUCGGGCACCGAUGGAUUUUUGCAGCGUUCUCUGCUCAAGAUCGAGCCCAUGUCCGUCGUGAGCCUUGGGGUAUUGAACAUGAUUCCUGCCCAAUUCGAGAGCAUGUCUAAUACGACGGCGGAGCGGAUCUCGCAGCUGAGCCUGCACAGGGCGCUCAUGGAGCUUCGCGAGACUCAGAAUACGAGAGCUCAUCUCGCUCGCACGAAUCUUGAUCCGUCAACCGUUCAGUCAAAUAUCGUGUAUCUGGACAGUUUGGCGCGCUGGCGUCGCUUCGAGGAGUUGCAACACAGCGUCUACCUGAAUGCUCUCCGCGGCCAACGUCGACCCAUCUACGGCAAGCGAUUGGUUGAUUUCCUCACACUGGGACUCGACAAGCGACCUAGGAAGCCUCGCCCAAGAGUUCCCCAGGAGAUCCUGAAUUGGUUCGCGGAAGACUCUGACUUCUUGCGCGCAGUCAUUCACACUGCAGACGCGCGAGCCGAUUCAUUACAAACCAUAAUAUCAAAGUUCUCCUGCGUCACCCCCGCGGUCAUCAGCCGAGACAUGAACGAAGUCAUCCUAGGCAGGAAGGGCGUCCAGGCCUUCACCGACGAGGACCUGAAGCUCUCCGCACCGGUCAAAUGGGCACCUUUCAUUCCUAAGCAGUCGCCAAUCGACCCCUGGCACGAGUCUCGAAUGCGUCACAGCAUCCAAUUCCCCGACAAGAGACUCCUCCAAUACGACUGUGGCAAGCUUCAGGCUUUGGACAAACUCCUUCGCAAGCUGCAAUCGGGCGGUCACCGUGCCCUCAUCUUCACACAAAUGACAAAGGUUCUGGAUAUCCUCGAACAGUUUCUUAACAUUCAUGGUCACAAGUACCUCAGACUGGACGGUGCCACUAAGGUUGAGCAGCGGCAGAUUCUGACGGACCGAUUCAACAACGAUAACAGAAUCCUUUGCUUCAUUCUUUCGACGCGUUCAGGUGGCCUGGGAAUCAAUCUCACGGGCGCAGACACCGUUAUUUUCUACGACCAAGACUGGAACCCGGCGAUGGACAAGCAGUGCCAGGACAGAUGCCAUCGCAUCGGACAGACUCGCGACGUACACAUUUACCGCCUAGUGAGCGAGCACACCAUCGAGGCCAACAUUCUCCGCAAGGCAUCCCAGAAACAAAUGCUCGACGAUGUCGUCAUUCAAGAGGGCAGCUUCACAACGGACUACUUCAACAAGCUCUCCGUCCGCGACGUCCUCGGUGCCGAAGGAAACGACUUGGUCGACGACGCCGCUAAUGCCGCGAUGGAUCGCCUCUUGGGAGGACCGGAAAGCGGCAGCACACGGAACGCUGGCGAGGCGCUUAAGCAGGCCGAAGAUCAGGAAGACGUGGAGGCCGCGAAGGCUGCAGAGAAGGAAAUCCAAGACGACGACGCCGAGUUCCAGGAGAAGAGCGGAGCGCCCUCCGGAGCUUCCAGUACUCGGCAAGGUACACCCCGGGACGACCCCAGUCAACCAGGCGGUCCCGGUCCUUCCGGUCUCGGUCGCUUUUCCGAGUCUGUGGCGCCGGACCAGGAGGAGAUUGAGCAUAACGCGUGGGGCGAGCGCAUAUAUAAUAUCGACGAGUACAUGCUGCGCACGAUGGCGGAGCAGCUCAAGGGCACGGCGUUGGAGCUGCCCAAGGACAAGAAGAAGAGCAAGAAGAGGGGUAGAGACACGCGCAAACGAUAG